UGCAUUUGCCAUAAGUUGACAUUUGUUUUGUCCUUCAUUCACCUGUGAAUAAUGUCACGGUGAACUCGGAUAGUUUAUGUAUUAACUGAGUAAAUAAUGUUUCAUGAAUAGAAUUGUAACACAAACGUGUGACUGCACAAUACAAACGAAAGCUCGCACUAUAUGUAAACAGUUGAUAACAUAACCUCACUAGUAAUCAGCUGGGUAAACAGUGCGAGUGGUAAUUUUCCGAUAAAAUGAGGUUAACAUUACGUUUAUUUUCAUCUGUCGUCCAAAGAACACCUUUUUACAUUACUACGCCAAUAUUUUAUGUGAAUGCGGCUCCUCACUUGGGCCACCUGUACACAGCACUAGUCGCAGAUGCUAUACAGCGGUUUGAAAAGCUCACAAACCCUGACUGCAAGGUCAUAUUUAGCACAGGCACAGACGAGCAUGGCACCAAGAUUCAGCAAGCGGCGGCCAAAGCGAACCUCUCACCUCCUGACUACUGCUCCGCUGUAUCCAAUGAGUACAGACAGCUGUUCAAAGAGUUCAAUGUUGAGUACACCGACUUCAUACGGACCACUGAGGAUCGACACAAGAAGGCAGUCAGACAUUUCUGGAACAAGUUAGUUGAAGAGGACUACGUGUACAAGGCUCAGUACAGCGGCUGGUACAGCGUCAACGAUGAGGCCUUCGUGCCGGAGACACACGUUAAAGACGAACUCAGAGACGGAGAAACUGUAAAAGUGUCGAUAGAAUCAGGUCACAAAGUGGAGUGGACGGAGGAGACGAACUACAUGUUCAGGCUGAGCGCGUUCAAAACACAUUUGAAGAACUGGCUUAAACAGGACGGUGUGAUAACGCCGUCCAAGUUCCAGAAGCAGCUACAAGACAUGGUGACAGACGACGCGUACCUGCCCGACAUCUCGGUGAGCAGGCCCGCGGCCAGGGUGCACUGGGCUAUACCGGUUCCAAACGAUGAAGAGCAGAGUAUAUACGUGUGGCUGGAUGCUCUCGUCAACUACCUGUCGGUGGUGGGCUACCCGGAUGACGAGGCUAUGCAGCAGGCCGGCAGACCCUGGCCGGCAGACGUGCAGGUCGUGGGCAAGGAUAUACUCAAAUUCCACGGUAUCUACUGGCCGGCCUUCCUGAUGGCCAUCAAGUGGCACCCCCCGCGGCGGCUGGUCUGCCACUCGCACUGGACCGUCGACGGCAGCAAGAUGUCGAAGUCGCUGGGCAACGUGGUUUGCCCACGCUCCAGCAUCGUGGGCAACGAGGGGCUCAGGUAUCUGCUGUUGAGAGAGGCCACGAUGAGCAGUGAUGCUAACUACAGCGAGACGAAAUUAAUAAACGUCGCGAACUCGGAGCUGGCGGACACGUUAGGCAACCUGUCGUCGCGCUGCGCGGGCGCGGCGCUGAACCCGCGCGCGGAGUUCCCCGCGCUGCACGCGCGCGAGCUGGCCGCGCAAGCCGCGGGGUCGCGCGCCGCGCUGCUCAUGCGCCAUGUCGAGGCUCUGCCUGAGAUAUGCCACGCACACUACUCAAAUUAUCAAUUCUACAAAGCAGUAGACGCUGUCAUCAAAGUCCUACACAUUGCCAACUUAUUCUUCGAAACACAGAAACCCUGGGAGCUUCGAAAACUUCCAGAAAAACAGAAAGAACUAGACGUCAUCCUACACAUCACCAUGGAAACCUUAAGAAUAUGUGCCAUUAUCUUACAACCCAUCAUCCCAGAAAUGACUUGUAAACUACUAGAUAAACUACAAAUAAGUAGAGAUUGCCGCACCUGGCAACACUCGGAGACGCCAUCUUGGAGAAUAAAGGGCGCCAUUUACGAACCUAAGAAUAUACAGAGCGGGAAAUUUGUUCUGUUCCAAAGAAUUUAUGAAAAAAAGAAUACUCAAGCACGGCCUGUUAGGAAAGAACAGAAUGAUGUGGAAAAGAAGAAAAAACUGCAGAAGAAGAAAGUUACCGCGUAGAGUUUGUACGCUUAGAUAAUGCAAUCAAACGUGGUAAAUAGGAGUCAAGCAGAAUAGAUACAUAUUUAAUACAGGAAUCAUACACUUUAUGGUAUCACUUGUUCACAGUAUAUUACCUACCCAAAGGGUUAAAACGCAGCCCUUACACUGAAUGUCCGCUCUGUGUCCGUUUUAAAGUAUUUUGAGAUUAAACAGUUAUGAUAAUUCUUUAGUUUAAAACAAAAAUGUGUCCUUUCAAGCUUGCGAGUCCUAUUAACAGCAUUUGAUCGUACGGGUUUUAGAUUUGAAAUAGUUUGUAUAGAAAAUGACUUUUGCCAUUUUUUAUCUGUACUUCAUUGGUUUAGGUACUUAAAAAAGAUAAACGACACAAUAACUUACUUAAAUAAUGCACAACUAAACAAAGAGAAAACAAGAAUGAAGAUCACCAAGGUAAAUAUACCAUUAAAAUUUACAAUUUAUUUAUUCAUUGAAUAUGUGUUUGAUAAAACCAACAUUGUUUAUCCUUUUUUAAGUACCUAAACCCCUGUAGUAUAUUUUUCUCAUCACUUUAAUCAAUUUACGCAUAUUUAUUUAUAAUUAAGCAUUAAAUGAUUAAGCUAAUCACUAAAUCUAAUUUAAUGUGUUCAUAGUUCAUAGAUUCAUGAAGCACCGGUUUUUAGAAUGCUUUUCAAUAAAUCACUCAACAGGGCAGGGCCCCAACUUCGCUAUUUACAAUGGCCGAAAAAUGAAUGUUAAUUGGAUUAAAUUUGACACUAUUCUCCAUACAUUUUGUUCGUAAGAUAUUCAUUUUAUUGGCCGCGAGUGUUUCGCAGUGUACUGAAUUUCCAAUUUUUAAGUUGGAAAAGUGCUUAGGAGAAUACGGAUACUGUCUAAUUUAAUCAAAUUUUCAUUAAUUCGUCGUCUAUUAUAAAUAGCGGCAUUGGGACCUUAGUUGGUUUAUCAUAAACCAAACAACGCUACAUGGAUUUCACAGGGAAGUCUUUGUUUUUCAUUGAUAAGUAUUUAAAAUUCCGGUCGUUACAUAAAUAUUUAAGAACAGUACUGAGUAAAAUGGCGCCCAUACCUGUCUUAUUGUGUCUGCCUUUAUCAUUUGGAGCUUUGAUAGCCUAUAAAGGCAGUACGUAAGCGGGAAAGGCCACUAGUGUUACGACCUUUAGACUGCCAAGUAAAAGGUUCGAAUCCCGACACAUACCAAUUGCAUUUUGAAUUUAUGGGCGUAUUACAAAAUUAUUUUUCUUUUACUUGAAUCGGUGAAACAAAAAUAUCGUGAGAAAGCGCGGUCAUUUUUCUAAGAUUAGAUAACGUCAGAGAGAUCUACUAAGGGUUAAUAAAACUAACACCAGAACCCCUUUCCCAUCAUAUGAAAAUAAUUCUUGUUUAUUGUCAUGUGUGACUAUUAAACUUUUUACAAGGUUACCUAUCUUAGUAUUGUUCUUGCAUAAGGCUUUUUGUCUUUAGUGUUUCAAUUACUAUCUUGUAAAUAUUCAAUUAUGACUGUAUUUUGAAAAUUAUGCAUUUUAUAUGGGAUUUUAAUGUAAAUUGAAAAGACUGUCCAUUAUCUUCGAGUAGUCGCUUCCUAAUUUAUGAGAUUUGAAUCUUAUUUAGUAGUAAGUAGAGUUAGUUUUGCGGUGCAUUUUGUAAGAUUCUGAUCUAAUUAGAUUUCUCUUAAUUGUUAUUUGUGUUUAAUAAAUUGUUGAAUUUCA